AUGGAUGAAAAUGCCCCAGUCUCGGAUGCCUCCGAACCUAGUACAAGACCGGGAAUAGUUGAGUCUGCAUCAUAUGACUCUCCUCAAAGACACCGACGGCGAAACCCCAGAGCAAGGCGUCCGGUGAAGGAAACACUGGACGCCCGCUCCGAGUAUUACACCAGUCAGGAUGAUGGGACUGCUGAACAUCGUAUCAACCAAUACGUGAUCAAGCAAGAGAUCGGGCGAGGCUCGUUUGGUGCUGUUCAUCUGGCCGCAGACCAGUUUGGUAACGAAUAUGCUGUCAAGGAAUUUUCCAAAUCGCGGCUUAGAAAACGUGCGCAGUCACAUCUGCUGCGCAGGCCCAGAGGUCCAAGACGACCUGGUUCGGAUUUCAAUUCGCCUUUGCACCGUCACCCUUCAGGAGACGAUGCCGAGAAUGCACAGAACCCUCUGUACUUGAUCAAAGAGGAGAUUGCUGUGAUGAAGAAACUGAACCAUCACAAUCUGGUGUCGCUGAUCGAGGUCCUGGACGACCCGUCAGAAGAUUCAUUGUAUAUGGUCAUGGAAAUGUGCAAGAAAGGUGUUAUCAUGAAGGUUGGACUGGAAGAACGAUCAGAUCCAUACGAUGACGAACAUUGUCGAUGCUGGUUCCGCGAUUUGAUUUUGGGGAUUGAGUAUCUGCACGCGCAAGGAAUUGUUCAUCGCGAUAUAAAGCCCGACAAUUGUUUGGUCACCAAUGAUGACGUGCUGAAGGUCGUCGACUUUGGAGUGUCGGAGAUGUUUGAAAAGAACUCGGAUAUGUUCACUGCUAAGUCGGCUGGAUCACCGGCAUUCCUCCCGCCAGAGUUAUGCGUGGUCAAACACGGCGAUGUGUCAGGAAAGGCCACGGACAUCUGGUCCAUGGGCGUGACGUUAUAUUGUCUGCGAUAUGGAAAACUGCCUUUCGAAAAACACAACAUUUUCGAGCUGUACGAUAGUAUCAGGGGUGAUCCUCUUGUCUGUGAGGACGAAGAGGAUGAUUCAUUCAAAGAUUUGAUGAAUCGAAUUUUGGAAAAGGAUCCAGAGAAGCGAAUUGAUAUGUUUGGGUUACGAGAACAUCCUUGGGUUACAAAGGAUGGAACAGAUCCCUUGCUCUCGUUUGAAGAGAACACCUCGCAAAUCAUCACAUUUCCAACGAAGGAAGAGAUGGAUCGUGCCAUCACAACAACUAUGGGACAUCUCAUGACCGUGAUGAAAGCAGUCAAAAAGUUCAAACGACUGACAGAUCCCACCAAGACCAGCACUCCACAAACCCCCAUGCAGAGCAUCCUUGGUGGCGAUGAGUCCUAUUUCGUGGAGCCACCGAUGGAAAUGGACCCAGACGAGCCCUUCCCGGCAGUCGGCGAACCCAGCCUACGCGCAAACGUUCGAAAGGCGUUUAGACAUCCAUUCGCUGGGUUCCGCAAUCCCCAACAAGGAUCAAGCGACUCAACCAGCAUCUCCUCAAGGCAAAGCACAAGCAGCCAACGACCCGGCGUCGUUGAAACACGCUCGGGUCACGCAUCUCCGUCUCUGUCACGCGCCAGCUCAGCAGCCAAGCGCAGCCUGGAAGGAACGAGAGGUCAUGCGCGGGAUCCUCUUGAAGAGGAGUUCCCAUUCCUUUUCAUUGGCCCAUCUACAUAUACGGGAUCCCACGAGGUAAGCGAUGAACCUGCUCAGGUCUUUACAGAACCGGACGCCCUCGGCCAAGAGCAGGGCCAAGAAGAAGACCCCGAACCCAUGGUGAGUGAAUCACCCGGAGCGGCGGAAUUCGAUAUCUACGAGACGGCGUAUCGCUCGGAGCUGGAGCGCAUCAAACAAGACCUGGAAGACAAGAACUCCGGCCCGAAGGUCUAUUUGAACCGUCGCGUUGAGAAUAAAGACGAGGUUCUGAGAUUGGCCAAGGAAAAGGCACUGGAUUUGCAAAUUGGACAAAAGUUUUCGCUGGCUUCCAAAAGGACGAGCUCUGCUUUGGGCUCUGCUAUCAGUGCCUUCCGUUCAAUGCCGAAGCGACAGGCAGAUUCGGAGGAUGCCGAUAAAGGCUUGGAACAUCCGGAGCCUAAGCGUCCGUCUGUUUCUGGCGUCGAGCCUCAGUCUCAACCGCUUGAAGUGGAGGGUAUUUUCUCUACUGGAGAAGGAUCACAGGAUCACCUGCGGGGGGUUAUCGGGUCGGAGAAGUAG